AAAGGGUCUCCGGGACUCGCUCGCUCUUUGUGAGAAUGUCGGCUGAAUUUGAAGACAGAACUAGAGACAAUGGCCCUGAAGGAAUGGAGCCAGAUGGUGUCAUCGAGAGUAACUGGAAUGAGAUCGUGGACAGUUUUGACGAGAUGAAUCUGCGCGAGACUCUGCUCAGAGGAAUCUACGCCUAUGGUUUCGAGAAGCCUUCUGCCAUCCAGCAGCGGGCUAUUCUCCCUUGUAUCAAGGGGUACGAUGUGAUUGCGCAGGCUCAGUCGGGCACAGGGAAGACUGCCACCUUCGCCAUCUCCAUCCUGCAGCAGAUUGACAUCGAGCUGAAGGGGACCCAGGCCCUGGUGCUGGCUCCCACGCGAGAGCUUGCUCAGCAGAUCCAGAAGGUAAUCCUGGCUCUGGGUGACUACAUGGGCGCUGGCUGCCAUGCGUGUAUUGGUGGGACCAACGUGCGCAACGAGGUGCAGAAACUGCAGGCUGAGGCCCCCAACAUAGUUGUGGGAACCCCAGGCAGAGUGUUCGACAUGUUGAACCGCAAAUACCUCUCUGCGAAGUACAUCAAGAUGUUUGUUCUGGACGAGGCUGAUGAGAUGUUGAGCCGAGGGUUCAAGGACCAGAUCUACGAGAUUUUCCAGAAGCUCAGUUCCAGCACGCAGGUGGUGCUGCUGUCGGCUACCAUGCCUGCCGAUGUGCUGGAGGUGACCAAGAAGUUCAUGCGGGAUCCCAUUCGCAUCCUGGUGAAGAAAGAAGAGCUCACUCUAGAGGGAAUCCGGCAGUUUUACAUCAACGUGGAGAAGGAGGAAUGGAAGCUGGACACCCUGUGUGAUCUCUAUGAGACCCUGACCAUCACUCAGGCUGUCAUCUUCAUCAACACCAGAAGGAAGGUGGACUGGCUGACGGAGAAGAUGCAUGCCAGAGACUUCACCGUCUCCGCGCUGCACGGAGACAUGGAUCAGAAAGAACGAGACCUGAUUAUGAGGGAGUUUCGCUCCGGCUCCAGUCGUGUUCUCAUCACCACAGACCUGCUGGCCCGUGGUAUUGAUGUUCAGCAGGUGUCUCUGGUGAUUAACUACGACCUGCCGACCAACCGUGAGAACUACAUUCACAGAAUUGGUCGAGGCGGGCGUUUUGGCAGGAAGGGCGUGGCUAUCAACAUGGUGACCGAGGACGACAAGCGCACCCUGCGUGACAUCGAGACUUUCUACAACACAACCGUGGAGGAGAUGCCCAUGAACGUGGCUGACCUCAUCUGAACACCCCAACACAUCCUAUUCCUUGGCAUUCUUUCACCUUUUUCAUUUUCCUUCCAUUGCCCCAGAGAUCCCCCUCCACCACCCCCCACCCCCCUUUCCCCACUCUCUCUCAUCCCUUGAGACAGAGGGGUUGGGGUUUGUGGGGAGACACCAACAUUUCAGGAAAUUGUGGUGCCUGAAAUGGCAAUCAGACUCUUGCAAAUACACCCAGAUGAGACCGUACUCCUUGAGUUUUCACUUGCCCAAAUCUUGUGAAUGCAGGACACUUGAAACAAGCCUUCCUGACUUGGUUUUGUAUAUUUGGGUCCUUUUUUGGGGGGAGGGGGGAGUAGCGCUUCAAAAUCCAGAACGGGACCCUUGCUGGUUAACUGUGCUGCUUGUGUUUCACAUCUGUUCCUACACCAUUGUGUUGAUUUUUUUUUCAAUAAAAGCUGCCAUUGUUUAAUCUCA